UGUAUCAGUAUCACUCGUAUAAUUGAUCUAACAACAAACACAAAUAUGAACACCUUCGUUGUUGCCUCUUUCGCCAUCCUAGCCGCCAUCUCCGCCGUCUCCGCCUCCGUGCACGGCCUCCACGGUCUUGGCGUAGUUGCCGCCGUCCACCCCCACGCCUGGAGUCCUGUAGGACCCUCCGGAGUCGUCACCGGCCAUGGAGCUUCUGGACCAUCCGGCGUGGUGACCGGACACGGUGCCGUUGGACCUUCCGGAAUCGUCACCGGAGCCGGACCGAUUGGACCCACCGGACCCGCUGGACACGGACAUGGACACGCUGUGAUCGCCGCCCCCGUCUUAGCCGCCGCUCCAUUGGCUGUCGGAGUUGGACAUGGUGCCUGGGGUCAUGGAGGUCAUGGAGCUUGGGGACUAGGCCAUCAUGGUUGGUAAACUGUGUCGUAGAUGAAAUCAGUUCUGUUUUGUAGUUAAUUUAAAGAAAAAUAAAGAAAAAAAACUUGUUUAUAUUAAA